UCAUCAUCACAGAUUUGCUCUCGAUUUAAUUGCUCAACCAGACCUGACAAUAACCCACUACUUGUAUUCCUCUUCUUUCUCUGCAACAUUACAUCACAUACAAAGUCUUCCAUUGUGUAAGGCUUUGCAACGCCAAGUGGUGAAUAUCGGCAGCACUACAAGAAAGAUGACAACUGAGAUAACAGAUGUUAAGGAUGCAAGAACGUGGAGUAGUAAUAUAGAGAAAAUCUUUAUUGACAUCAUGCUAAAUGAAGUUAAUAAAGGUAACAUGGAUAGUGGUACAUUUAGUACCAAAACAUGGAGAAGAAUCUUACUUGAGGUCAAUUGUCAAGGGAAAAGAAAUUUCAAAUUGAAGCAUCUUAAAAAAAAGUUUAAUAGACUACGUGCAAUGCACCGUGAGUUCUCUGAUCUUUUAAAGCAUACUGGAUUUGGUUGGGAUGUUGAAACAAACAUGGUGAAUGCUCUAGAGGAAACCUGGCAAAAUUACAUUCAAGCACACCCAAAUGCAAAAAGAUUCCGCUCAAAAGGAUGCCCAAACUACAACUUGUUAGGAUUGAUCUUUAAUCCGUCAACAGCAACUAGUGCCCUCCACUACUCUUGCACCCAAGAUCCACCAAAUAAUGAUGAUGAAGAUGAGAUGGAUGACAAUUUGGAACAUGGUGGAGUACAUGUGGAUGUAGAUACUAAGAUCCCUAAUAAUCCUCUACGACCAGAGAUGGUAGGAGGAGUGACCACCCAUUCUAGAAAGCAUGCAACUAAUUCUCCAUUAAAGCGUAGAGGUAAGAAAGAGUCCAAAUUAAGUCAAAUGGAAGCUGCUUUGAAAGCUUGGGCUGAGGCAUCAAAGGCUAGAACAGAGACAUCUCAAGCUAGAACUAAAGCAUUGUUGGCUAGAACAAAGAGAUAUGAGAGUGGAACUAGUAAUGAAGUUACUAGUGUAGGUACUAAUGAUUUUAGCAUAACAAAGUGCAUGAUAGCCUUACAAACCAUUGACUUGUUGGAUAAUGACAAAUAUUUAAAAGCUAUUGAGAAAUUCACAACGCCAGAGUGGAGAGAAAUUUUUAUGAAUAUGCCUGAUGAAAGGAAAAGGGCAUGGCUUGAUAGGCUUUAAAUGUGAGUGUUUGGAUGAAUAACUAUUAUGAUGACAUGAUAAUAUGUACUAUUUCUCUUUUGGUUAGAAUCUUUUACCGUGUUCUUUAGUUUUUCAUUGUAUGGAUGUUAUUUGUGGUUAUGAAACUCAUAUUAUAUCUA